AUGGGUGACGUCAAGCUGGCCAUGCCCCCUGGCCAUGACACCCCAGCCUACUUCACGAGGCGCAUAACCCAGCUCUCUUCCGAGCUGGACCACGGGAUGCAAAAGUGGGAAGCAAAGCGGAAAAAACGGGAAGAAGACCAAGAGGAGAAACGACGCAAGAGACUUCAGCCCAAAGGGGACUCCCUCCAGCAGCUCCCGAAAUAAUUGCGCUUUCUCGAGCUUCCCCGCGAAAAAAAAAUCAAUAAAUGUAUGUAUAAUAAA